AGAACCGAAAGAUUCAGUGAAGGACGUUUCAGAGGGUGCAAGGUCAUGGCCGAAGAGCAUCGAAACCAAGCACGGGUAUCUAGAAGCCAUCAGAAAACUCACAAGCCAUAUGAGUAAACUAUAGCGGAACAUUUACGAGGACAUCUCAAUCAACAUGAGUGGGCUUAAUGAGGUGACCAUUUCUCCAGUGCUCCUUCAGGCCAUAUCACAGACCCUCACCUCCACCAAGGACCGGCACACUGUCAGCAUGCAGCCAAACAUCAAUGUCAAACAGGAGAUGAUGGAGGAUCUUCAAGCCUCUGGAGGCCACUCGGUCAAUCAUAUAUUACAGGGUAUGAAUGAACCUGUCUCUGAACAGUCUCGUCUACAUUCCAGAUCUGUGUCAUCCGAUAUAGAUAGUACCUGUGAAAGUCCAGGCCAAGUGUUCGCUCAAGAUAGCAUCAACAUCUCAUCGGAAAACAUAAAGAGCAUGUUAAAAUGGAAGAUAGACCAACUGCAUCAACAGAAUGCUAUCAACAGUGCUGUCCAACAGGUUCAGGAAGAGGCCAGACUACAGGACCAGGAGAAUGCAUCUGGUCGCGAAACCAUCAUAAUUACCUCAAACUCGGGUGGGGACCUAAGUAUGGUCAAUGUGCUAUCUGCCCUCGCAUCUCAUCACUUGAAAACAGGUGGUAUAGAUAAGGAGUCUAAAGUAGGUGAUUGUCCAGCAGAGACCAUUUCCCAAACUAAUGACCUUUCACAAGUUCAGUCUAAGGAGUCCGAUGCUCUGGAGCAGGAGAAGCAGAUGAUUAUUUGUUACCAAGACAGCAAUGGUCAGGUAAAUGUGCCAUCACCAAUUAAUGAUGUGGUAGUUUCAGAUGCUGUAGGACAGCCUGUUGGCAUGGUGAUAGAACAAGAUGGACAGCGAUUCUACAUGCCUAACACAUCAGACAAACCAAACAAUGUCGGUCUAGACCGUUCAUCACCUGUGAAACAAUUCCGGUAUGCAGAGGAUGGCAGUUUUACAAUAAUGAAUGACAAUGCACCUGUGGAAGUGGUAUCUUCGAUGCCUUGUAGGGAUUCUGGUCUACCACCAGACCCCUCCAUGGGACCAUGUCCAAUAUGUGGGGAUGCAAUUUCAGGUUAUCAUUAUGGGAUAUUCACAUGUGAGAGCUGUAAAGGAUUUUUCAAAAGAACUGUACAAAAUAAAAAAACAUUCGCUUGUCAUCGAAAAGGAGAUUGUGAAAUAACAAAGUUAAGUCGAAAGAAGUGCCCGGCAUGUCGAUUUGCCAAAUGCAUUAUCCAUGGUAUGAAACUUGAAGCGAUAAGACAUGACAGGAUGAGGGGAGGAAGGAGCAGUUACGAUGGCUGUUCACCGCACGGACGACCAAAGGUCUAUCCCUUGGAACUGGCCUCUGCUCCUAAAACACCCAGACGCACCCCAAGUUCUCAUCGUAAAGUAGCACCAAGUGCCAAUCAUCCAAACACUUCAUUAGAAAAUGUGCAUGUGACUUUACCGACUGGUGAAGAUAUAUCUGGGAGUCAACUUAUGGCAAUUCUUAAUCGUAAUGGAAAGUCUGCUCCUGAAGAAACGAUAAAGCCAUUUGUUCCUCAUUUAUUGACAGAAAUCAUGAAUGUCGAAUCCUAUUUAUGUGACGAUGAAAACCAAGCAGAUUUUCCAGCAGAUCGUUUGUCAGAAAAUGACCCGACAUUCAUGUUGUCAUUGCUACAACUAGCAGAGCUUAGACUGUACAAGUUGGUUCGCUGGGCUCGUAAUCUGCCUCAGUUCAGUGCGAUAGCAACAGACGACCAGAUCUUACUGCUUCAGAACUGCUGGGCAGACUUGUUGCUGUUCAACUGUUGUAUGCGGUCUAUACAGAGCACGACAGAGAUAUUCCUACCAAUGGGCAAGUCCAUUGACAUGGAGAAGGCCACCAAACUUGGGCAUGGUGCAGACGAUAUUGUGUCUCGACUUCUGGCCAUUACAGAUCAGCUGAGACGCCUACAGGUCGACCAGUAUGAGUUUGUGGCUUUAAAAGUUCUCAUGCUCAUCACACCAGAUGUGAAGGGCCUGAAGGAGCCAGGUAAAGCCCAGGAACACCAGGACUCCAUCUGUGAAGCCUUGGGGCUGUAUACCAACUCUCAUUACCCACAACACAACAACAAAUUCGGCGAAAUGCUGCUCCGCCUCCCUGAAAUUUCACGUGUCAGUAUGAUUGGCAAGGAGAUUCUGAACACAGUCAUGCCGCCAGAAUUUACUUCCUGCGGCCUUCUGUUUGAACUCCUGAAAGGAGAUGGUCUCAAGGAUGAAACAUAGGGAACAGAGUGGAAAUUCAUUUCCUGUGAUGUACCAAUUAUGUACAAAAUACACAUUAGACAUCGUGAAACGAACUGACAUGGCUUCAAAAACAAGCAGAUUGCAAACUUUAGGUUGUUUUUGUUCUCUGAUCAUGUGUAUUUUGUAUUUACAGUGUUACAUACUACUGCACAUUGUUUUAAUCAUUGUCUCAUGAUCAGUAAGAUUUUUAUCACACAUUUUCAGCAUUUUAAUCACAUAAUUACAGACAACAGUUAGUCCUGUUAAACAGCAUCAUUAUUUAAUUAUGUGGCAAAAAAAGACAUGUAAUAUUGAUAUUAAGUCUCGCUUACAUUUUAUACAUACAUUUAAUACAAGCUGAAGAUGAAAUUUUGUAUCAUGAACAUUUUUAAAGAUAUAUGCUUGUUUCAUUUACUUUUAAUCUUAUGUUUUGGUGCAGAUAUAUAGAGAUAAUCUAGGGGCACUCUCAUGAAGUCUCUUAAUAUAUAUAGUGAAUGAUGUACAUGUGAAACUUUGGGAAAAAAUGGAAAUAUAAUGAAAUUGGAAUAUUUGUGAGAAGUUGAGAUGCCAAUAUACAUGUAAUGUAUUAAUACUAUUUUCACAAUCCAUUUGUAGUUUCCUGAAAUGUUUUGAAAUCAAUAUUGGUCAAAUGUAGUUAUUAUUCAACCAACAUACAAUAUUAUCAAUUUGAAACUUUUUAAGGUAGCAUUAUUGUGCACACAUGUAUUAAUAGCUCAUUAUCACAACCCGGCUGAUGCAAUUUUAAUCUUAUGUGGAUGCUCAUGUAGGAAACUGCUGGCUUUUGAAUUAAUUCAAGAAAGAGUAAUUGUAAUUCAUUGAAUUUUUACUACCUUCAAAAUUAAUUAUCUUUUGAUUUCAUUGAUGGAGACCGUCUUUUCAUCGCUUUUCACUUCUUUGUCUCCCAUUUGAGCUGUACAUUACAUCUGUGUUAACCCCUACGAUCUUACAAUUUUUCUUAGCCAUGAGCUCGAGGUGAUGCACUGCCCUAUUGGGGAAAUAGAUGAGAAAAAUUAAUAAAUACUUACCUUCAGGGUGUAAAAAAAUAAAUCUUGAGCCUUAAGGUGAAGAUUGCUUUGUCAUGCCUGCAGCACUUACAUAUAAGGAGUUAAUUUCAGAAUGUUAUAAUAUGGCAGAGUGUAUUGUCAAAUUCAUUGCAUGGGACUCUUACAUUUAUAAUUACAUUAUGUAUAUACAAGUGCAUGUGGCCACACCCUGAAGUUAUUUGUAGGAAGAGGUUCUAUAUAUAUAUUGAGUUACUGGGUUAGAUUAUACCCAGACAGUAAUAUCACACUCGGAUAAAUAGGUCCAUGGUCAUUCAAGUAAUAUUCUUUUAUAUCUUUUUUGUUGUUUGUUAAUAUGACAAGGAUUUAUAAAAGUUUUAAAAUCAAGAAAUAUUGAUCAUGAAGAGUAAUUAGAUAAUUUUUUCACCUUUGUUUCUGCAUACAACAAUAUUCAGUUUUCUUUGAGUUCAAUACAUCUGUUUAAGUCAUCACGUUACAUGUUAUAAAGAUUUAUGUAAAUACCACCAGAUCUAUAUUUUAUAUACGCACUAGUGCCAUCAUUACGUUCCCUUGUGUCAUCGGUGUUCAAAAGUGGCCUUGGGUACUUGCUCCACACAUGCUCAGGAUAUUAUGUGUUAAAAGCUCAGAUAUGAAAAAAUAAUAGUAAUUGAUUAAUAUGGCAUAGUGAUCAUUGGAAUGAACAAAAAAGUUGUGAAAACUUUGGUAAUUUAAUAUCCAGAUGGAUAAUCUCGGGUCUGAUGAAAACUUUGAUAAUUUGAUAUCCAGAUGGAUAAUUUCAGGUCUGUUAGGGCUAAGUUCAGGCAUCACAGCUACAAAUGUAUAGAUUUAAUUGGUAUUACUAUAGUCUAUAUCAGUUAAAAUGGGUCAUUGACAGCAGAAAUUCCUUACUAUAUAUAGACUCUUUGAUAUUAUUGCAAAAUAAAAUGUCUAUGUCACUCGGAUUAUUUCAGAAUUUAUUUAGUGAUUUUUCUGCAUUUCCACAAGAUCUUCUACAAAUUAUGGAUAUUUUCUAUCAGACAUGUGUCAUUAUAUUACAUCAAACAAGUUUUGCAUACAUCAUUAAGAAUUUAUUUCUGAACGGUCCUAUUUUGUAUUGAUCAUCAUGACAUAAAAAUUACGCUCAAAGAGGAGGAAAGUUGAAAUCUGUACAUGUUGCUCAGUAGCAUUAGACAGUUUAUGUUACCUGUGUUCCUCAUUUGUUUACCAGCAUCACCUCUUACAGAAAAUCAUUUUCUUGUGUUGUGUUGAACAAUGAAUUAAAUGUACAAUUUUCUAAUCAAAAUUAUGACGUUUUAAUGUUGCAAUAUUGUUGGCUGUGAGGGAGAUAAUCUACCUUAUGUAUUGUGUUUUUGUGUCUGGCUUUGAUUUAAACACCAAAAGUAAAAUUAAAUAGUGUGAUUUCCCUGGAAAUAUUACCGUAGCUUUUUAUUGGAAACUAGGAAAUGAGACAUUUUUUGAGUUAGCCAGGAUUUUUAUACUACUUUCUUCGCAAAAAAUUGCAUGUAUUAAAUUAAAGUUUGGUUUGGUUUAUUUUGUUUAACGUCCCAUUAACAGCCGGGUUAUUUAAGGACUUGCAGGUUUUUGAGGUGGAUGAAAGUCAGAUUACCGGCCUACUGUCGGUACCAGGCAACUGCCCCUUGUGGGUUUUGAAGUCGCGACCCAGAGGUGGAGGGCUAAAAAAAUGUAUCGAUAAAGUAAACUGAAGUCAGUCAUUGCUCGUUUUUCAAACUAAAAGUGCUUUUUGAGAUUUUAGAUUUCCGCAAGUACAUACUGGGUAUGUCAAAACGCUAUAAUUUGGUUCCCAAUGAAAAUGCUUCGAGAUGCAAUUAAUUUGAUACAGACCUGAUGCAAUGCCAGAAAGGAUUUUUUUUUUUCAAAGUUAAUUUUUUCAUGUCCUGUUAUAAAAUAAACUUCCACACAGUACACAUACACUAUAAACCAGUAUAUUAGACAGCUUCUGUGAACCUUGAAUAAUCAUUUUCCUCAUGUUUAGUUUAAUAGUAGAAAUUUGAUGUCAAAGCUAGUAUACCAGACAGCUUCUGUGAACCUGGAACAAUCGUUUUCCUCCUGUUUAGUUUAAUAGAACUUUGGAGUCAAUCUUCAGUCAAAAGUUUGUUCUGUGGGUUGGAUGUGUACAUCUAGAUUUCCAAAAAUUUCUGUUGGAACCUAGUCUUGGCCUUUGUUUUCUCAUUAAUGAAUAAAAAUAUAUUAGCUGAUAUUUGUAAUGCAAGGCAUUUACAAAAUUCUUACAAAAGCUUUAUUGUUAAUAAAUUAUGAUACAAUGAGUUUGUUAGGUCUAUCCCCCAAUGAACAGCCAAAGUCAUUUUGAGACGGGGUUUCUUUGUAGUAGCUACUGGCUACCUCACUGAACAACAUAUGGAUGGCCUGUUACAUGCCAUCCACAACAAUUAGGGUAAAGUGUCUUGUCCAUGGACGGCAGAGACUUUUCGAUUUCUUAGCAUCCCUUGAAAUACAAACUGUCACGAACAGGGAGCAUGGAGUCACACACCUUAGAUUUACCUGAUAUUCUGGCAUCACGUAUGAAACGAACAAAAUAAGUGUUGUGAAUCGAAAAAAUGAAAAAAAAAUUCACUAGUACUAAUAUUUACGUGUCGGUAACUUAUGAAUGUGCUAGCUGAGGAAAUUGAAACUGAUGAAGUGUGAUUUGUACAGAGGAAAAAAGUGAAAAUUACUGAUGAAAAUAAUGGACUUGUUUGAAAUGUCAAAUAGAUUAUUAAAGAGAGCAUAACUUGGGUAGCUAGAACUACCUGUCUAUUUUGAGACAAAUAGUUUCAAUUUCAUUUUAUAUAGAGCUGUAAUAAAAACUAGACUUGAUAAUAUUUUUCUUUUCUGUCUUUACCUUUUUUUUAAAUUCUCUCUGAUGACAGCAAAAUUGUAACAUGAGAGAGGGGCUUGAAAGAAUAUUUUCAUUUUGUGAAAUUUUUGUAGGUGGAAGGUCAACUUUUUAUUAUUUGUUUUGGAGCCCAUGCACGUUACUGGUUUUAGUAACUGAAACUAUUCCCACUGUUGUACAUAGUGAAUCGUAGUGUCUUGUGAUUUUAGUGGAUUUUCCUUUCCUCUAUGUCUCAGGUCUGGUUAGACUAGAAUAUAUUGUUAAAUGUUGACAGAAAUGGUGUCGAGUUUUGUCUUAAUGUAGGAACUGUCUGUUUGGAAAUCAGUCUUGAAAUCUUUAAAGUUUCAUUAAUUCGGUACAUAUUGCUUGUACAUGUAGCUACACUAUGAUCUUUAUACCGACCAAUAUAUGUGCUUUAAAGCAGGAACAUGUCUUGCAUUACCAAACUGUGAAACAAUCGUCAAUGUUGUGAUUGUAUGACCAACAUUUUAUUUAUUUUGAAUUAUGCUGGGUGAGAAUUGUAGACAAUCUGUAUGUCAUUAUACAGUAGAUGUAUAUAUACCACACAGGUCUCCACAUUAUCAUGGACACUUGACAUGAUCAAGUUAAUGUCUACAAUUCGUUGAAUCCAUGCCGGUUUUAUGUGGUAUCGUAUUAACCCCACAGACAAACUUGUUAUCCCUCACAGGAAUAAAACGUAUUAGUACCAGA